AUGGACAAAGAAACAGCCGCCGACCCUGAAACCGUUCCCUACGGCUUACCCCCAGCGUCAGACUCAGACAAAAACCCACUCCUAUUUAUCAACUUGGCAGAUCUAACCGCCGCUGAAGAAGUCAAAGUCAUAAGUGACAUCCAUAUAUCCAUCAAAGACACCGACGGAAACGGGCCGACGGCAUCGAUUCAAGUAUGGCGACCUCCGAAGUCAGCAUUCCUUCAGCCACUGGCACAUCAACACAAAUACGUCGUCAAAAAGUACUUCAAAGAUAGCAAGGCUAACCUCUACGGUUUUGCCGUCCUUGCACAUCGGGCAGGAUACAAGUUUAUAUUCGUUGCGGACGACUACAUGAGACGCGAAAUCAGGGGAAAGAUAGAUCCCAGCGAAAGGGUUAGGUCCGAAAGUUAUUUUGGCGUGAUGAUCUAUAUUGAGCCCCUGAUCCCGCAGGAUGGUACCCAGGACAAUGACCAUAUUCGUGUUUUUGCUAGACGAUGCCCGUUAGGCAAGAAAGGAAACCGCAACAUACUCAAUUCAAGGCACAGCGUCGAAUUCCUUGAUAUCCUUGAGCAUGACUGGCUGGACAUUUUUGAGCAGUUAUUCAACUGGGGCGUCGAACUUCAUGAUCCUAGCAGGGAGGUGUUCACGCCUAAUACACGGGCGACGACGGGGCGUGACGAAUUCAAGGCUGCCGCCGAGGAGGCACUGUCCCAGAGCACGCCGCUACCAACUGAACUUGUGAGCCAGGUUGUCGACUGGCUGUAUGAUACUGACAAGGAGGUCUUCGGGAUUCCAUCUUUACUUCGCGAGAGGGAACUGAAUAUCUUUCUUCUUUUCCCGUCAACUGAUAAUGAGCGGCAGAACAUGCAGUCGGCUAUUCAGCAGCGAGUGGAUCGAUACAUUGAACAAUUGAAAAAGAAUCAUGAAGAGAUGCGCCCACCGAGAGGAGAUAACGCAAGCCAUGCACAUUCAGGUCCUGUUCUCCAACAGGACAAAGAUACUGAAGAUCACGGAGGAGACGAUGACGAUGGCGAAGAUGGAGAGGAAUUGGAUUAUCCAGAAUACCCGGACUAUACGGACGAUAGUGACAACGGCGGAGAUGAUGUAGACAGCGAAGAAAGCAAUGAAAGCAAUGAGAGCGAAGAAAGCGAAGAAAGCGAAGAAAGCGAAGAAGACGAAGACAGUGAACUGAGCGGGGAGAGCUCGGACUCGGAUUCGGAUUCGGAUGAUCAGAGUGACAAGCAGUUCCAUGCCCGUUGUCUUAGAUUUCCAAAAAAGCUAACGGUGCGCCUGAUUCCCUGGAAAUACGACCGAGUCGCCAGCCGAAUCGAUAUAGAACGGUACUGGAAACUCAUACAUGCGCGAUUUAUAUGCCCAGUUAACUUUCUCCUAUCACCGACUGGUCCAGGAGAUGCCUUUCUAGAGCCAGAUUCGAUGCCCCCGACACCCUUAUUUGGGACUGUUUAUCACGGUGGAGGUGGAUUUAAGUUUAUUUCGCGAAACAACGUUGGACGGAUGGUUCGGUAUGCGAUGGUUUGCCAUUGUCAUAUGCACCGGGCCUUCGAGUUACAAAAGGAAAUAAAAAGAGAUCAGCGUUUAAAGCUCCCUGUUCCUGAAACAGAGCUUCUAUACCAACCUGAGCAACCCCUUUACCUGGCUUCACCACUGCGGAAGAUUGAUCCCAACCAUAAUCAUCACAUGGCGGUCACCCUGGUCUUCUUCAUGGCAAACAGCCUCACGGCCGAUCAAAAAACGGAGAUUAUUAGCGAAGUCGAAACCCCAGGGGAAUGCGAAGCAGAUUCUGGUGUCUUUCCCAAGUCAUGCCGUAUGAUACCUUGGAAAAACGGCGACAAGGGGACUGCAAACGGGAGCCUGGGUGACAUCUGGAAGGUGUUCUGCGAGCUACAGGAGGAGGGUUGUCAACUGCCAUACUUCUUUGCUGAUCAGCAGUCUGCAAUUGACAGGACGGUUGUUAUUGUUGACAAAGACCUUAUCUCCUGGAAAUAUGAGAAGGCGAAGAUAUGCGAAUUCACGAGCAGCGUAGGGGAUCCUAAUCUUAAAGGGCUACGGUACAGCCGGAUUAAGGGGCGUGAAGCAUUUAGCAUAUGGGAGGACAUGAAUAAUAGGGAAAUUGCAUUUGAAGACAUUUUCGAGGAUGAAGGUCAGAUACGGAAUUACCCUAGAACUGACUUGAGAGGCGCAUCACGCACCUGA